AUGUGGUCUGGGGAGAUAUUUAUCGUGGUCAGAAGUGUCUUCAACAAGUGUUCAGAACAACGACUAAGCUUACUCACCAGAGUCUGCAAGCCAGUAUCAGUCGUAAAUUUCCAACAUAAGGAACGUCCAGCUGCUCUCUCGGGAAGUGCAAUGAGAAUUACGACAAUAAGUAGACAUAUUAACCAGAUGUUGGCGGUGCUGAUGACAGUGGUGCUAAUAACCUUUUAUGGAAUUUCUUGCAUUACUCACGAUCUCUCAAAAUACAAAAUUUCAUAUGGGAACCGCAUCCAGCGUGAGGUCCAGUGGCGCCACGCCCCCGCCAGUCCGCCGUGCCCGCCGCAGGUAACCGUCAUCGCCUUCGUCACCUCGAGCCCCGACCACCGCGAGCGCCGAGACCGGAUCAGGAACACUUGGGCCAACCCGGUCUACUAUCCUCGCAAAGAUCUCAGAUUUCUGUUUGUGAUCGGAGCCACAGCCAACGCUUCUGUGCAGGCCGCCGUGGACGAGGAGAUGGCGCAGUUUAAUGACAUUAUUCAAAACAACUUCUAUGAUUCAUAUCGGAACUUGACUUACAAGACCAUCGCCUGGCUGUCGUGGGUCGUGCACCACUGCCCCGACGUCCCCUUCGCCCUCAAGGUGGACGACGACGUGGUUGUGAACCCCUCUAGUCUUCAGGAGUUAUAUGGAAAGAUCAAUCAGAAGUCCGACUUCCAGACUUUUUCUAUUAAGAUCGUUUAUUAG